UAGCGCAUGUGUAAUUGAUACUUUGAGAGAAAAGUUGAAAGUUUAGUUGCAUAAACUAUUAGUAAUAUAUAUUACUAUAUGCCACGUAGUCUAAUGCUAGAAUGAAGCGAUUGAUAUAGAAGAUCGGAAAUCACAGUAUAAAACGUGAACCGUUGCAUCUGCUUACAGUGCUAUUUUUAUGAAAACCAGAUGAAGUUGAAUUGUUAAAAUGCAGUACACCUGGACACCGACUUAUAGGUUUUUUAAACUAAAACCAAUGCUGUUGUACGGCAAAAUGUUUCUGUAAGUUGCUAAGUGCACCGGUAUCUACUAUAAUGUCUAAAUCGGCCAAAACAUUUAUCAUAUUGGUGCUUAUGACUCUAAUGUCAUUAAUUAUAUUGAACAGGACAACAAUUCAGGAAAUUUACGUUGACACCAUCCACGAUGUAAACUUAAACAGGUAUCGGAAUGUUCCGAGUUGUGAGCCGAAGAAAAGCAUUGCGUUUCUGAAAACGCAUAAAACUGGUAGCACAACUUUAGCAAGGAUAAUCGAACACUACGCACUUGUGAACAAGCUCGACAUUGUAAGAAAAGCAGGUGAAACAGCUUAUUUACAUUAUACCAAUCAGAAUUUUGAUUUCAACUCAAAGAAGAAUUUUUUGCCCCCAAAGGGCGUCAUGUAUGGGGACUACAAUAACUACACUUACAACGUAUUUACACUACAUGCUCGAUACGACAGACCGGUUUAUGAAUCAUUUAUGGCGAAAGACUCAAUUUAUAUUACUUUAUUACGUAAUCCAGUGACACAAUUUGAAUCUACAUUUGAUUACUUUAAAAUAGGAUCGAUUAUUGGAAAAGGAAAGGAUAAUAUGAGUAAAACAAGAAAAUUGGAAAUGUUUCUUAGUAACUCGUCAUAUUAUUGGGAAAAGUUAUCUUCAUCGAAACAAAAACGAUCUUUUAAUAAUCAAAUUUGGGAUUUGGGCGUCGAUCCAGGGGAAUGUAGCAACGAACUUUUAGUGAAUUACACCAUCCGAAAACUUGACAAUGAAUUUGAUUUUGUAAUGAUAACAGAAAUGUUUGACGAAUCAUUACUCGUUUUGAAGAAAAAGCUCUGCUGGAAGUUUCAUGACAUUUUGUACUUAAGACGCAACCAACGAUCUGAACGUAUUUCGUUAAAUGAGAAGCUCAGGAAAAAGAUUGCCGAAUGGAACUCUAUCGACAUGAAGCUCUAUGCUCAUUUUAAAAAACGUUUGCAAGACCAUAUCGAUAACUAUGGCCCAACAUUUGAAGCUGAUUUAGCAGCGUUCCGUAGCAUGAUUUCAUUUGUAUAUGAACAAUGCGUCCUUACCGAAGAAGUUAAAACACCAAAGAAAAAAAUUAGAUACAACACAAAGACUGGUAACCUUACAAGUGAAAUUUGCAAAAGGGUUGACACGUUAGAUGUAUGUGAUUUUGGCGAUGGGUACAUUCUAUCACUCGAUUUAAUAUCAGUAUGUAAGGAUGUUACGUCCCACGAUGCACAUUUAAAUCGUUCCAUUAGAAAGAUGAUGAAAGGAACGUGGCCUCUCACGUCAUCGCAAACAAGUUAAGUUCUAUGCACAGUAUCGAAUUGUACGUGACAAAUUUGUGUAAUGUGCCCAUAUAUGGGCAUGAUGAUGUCAUACGGUAUUACACCUAAAUAUGGGCUUGUCGCAUUUAUUUGUCACAUAAAUUUUGAUAGUGAGGAUGGAGCUCAAAAAUCUUAUAAACACAAGAUAGCGUUCUCCGCGAUAUAUCCACGUGCAAAUUCUGUAAUAACGCAGUGUACGGCGGAGCCCCCUUGCAAAAAUGAAAACUUUUGAACUUUUACUGCUUUGACCAUGGCGUACACCGCGCGAACCGACCUUUACGCGUAACAAUUAGAAACGUCGAUUAUUACAAUUAAGGAACAAUAAACGUACUUGGUAAUGAACGUUGGCGUAACACGAACACCUUAUCUCAGAUCUAUGGCAACAAGGACACCCUCUCCCAAAAAUGAUUACUUUCUGUUGCCAAAUCGACGCUUCUAUUUGUUACGCGUAAAUCCAGGAGAAAGCUAUCUUGUGUUUAUAAGAUCUUUGAUGGAGCUUUAAAAAUUAUGUUGUGAUUAAAAUCUAACAAAAUGUCAUUUUAAACAAUCAAAUAAAUUAGCAACUUCCAAGAAAACACAGAGAAAUUUUAAACAGAGUGCGUUGAGCCAGGGAACAGUGAAAUUCACUGUUCCCUGGUUGAGCUAAUCAACUUAUUGAAUCUCUAUAUAGAAAGAAUAUAGCAUUCGAUUAAAAAAAUUUAAAAAGAAAAUGGUUUUUCCUUGCUACUUAACAGAAGCAUAAUACAGUUCUAAAUAUUCUAUUAUGAUUUAAGUCUGAUUUAACGUCUGUUAUUUAAACCAAUUAAAACUGAGACAGUACCGCACAUGCGCCAAACCAGAAUUUAGAGUAGGCGAAUUUGAGUUUACCACGUAUUCCCAAAACAGGCUCACUACGUCUGCACACAUUAUUACUAACCCAUAGAAUUACAAAUAAACUUCUUGUAGGCCUACUGUCUUUUAAUAUUCAAGUCUACAAAGUAAUAGUACUCGAUAUUAUAAGAUAGUUAAUAUUCUUUUAAUCCAAUUUUCAUUUUACUUUUUAGUGUUUUUAAAAAUUAAAUUUCAAAUUUUUUUAGCCUGAUAUCUUUAAAGUGAUUACAAUAAAAAAGAGAGAAAGAAAGAGUAAAUCCUUUCAGAGCCACUAGGACUCAUAUGGCUGGGGCAGAUGCAGUGGGGGUGCAGAUCGCAUCACCCAAAAUUGUAUUAAGAAAAUAAUUUUAUUGUUGAUAUGAACAUAAGUCUUGUACCGGUAAGAUUUUUAAUGUAUGAAAGUGCAAUUUUCGGGCACCUAAAGGUCCAUAUUCUGAAUUUGUUUUAAUCUCAUUCUUCUCACAAUGUGUAACAAAAUAAAUAGGUCUAAACAUGUAAUGUGGAGUAAUGUAAUGUAUGUAAUGUAAUGUAAUGUAUUUGAACAUUGCGCCUUAUAACGUAUAAAGUAGAAGCGCUUGGUGUGUGGACUAGCUCAUACAUUAACUUGCUUUUCCCAUAAGGAUCUCUUCGUGCUUUAGCUACCCGGUACACCGGUACCAGCUCUCUCAUCUGUCCAAAUGUGGCAAAUGUAUUUGUUUUUAUGUCAUUCUGGGAGUUAGGUAUAGUAUUGAUUCAUAUCAUACACAUCUUAAUAUCGACUAAUUUCUUUAAAAAGUGGCCAAACUCAAACAAGAUUUCCUUCAUAUUUUGGUAAACGAUUACACUUUGGGUGAACAUGAAAAAAAACCCCGAGAUAUUUUCAAUAAAAUUUACCUUGUUGCCAUAAUAACAGACAUACGUUGUUUUCCCCCAAAAAUACAACUAAUUUUAACAAUUUAGCAAAUGAUUUGACCCAAAACUAGAUCUGAUGCUCAGAAGAAAGAACGCCCUUCACAUUUAUUAUCAUGAUAUAUGUUUGUUUGUACAUGUAACUAGGUGAGUUUCAUAAGCUUUUGCUUCUGAAAUUCUCCUUUUCAUUUUCUUAUUCUUGUUCACUAAGAUAUGUUAUGUUACUUUUAAAGUAAGAGAAAGGAAAGUAAGAAAAAAAGAAAGAAAGAAAAGGAAUUAAAGUAAAAUUCAUAUAUAGGGAAACACGUAUACAGCUAGUAGGCCUAUCCUUAUUUUAAGCUAAACGAAUUAUUUUGAACUUAAUAGUAGGUAGAGCCGUAUUAGUCAGAUUGAUGAUGAAAUAAAAACACUGGUGGCAAUUUAUAGAUUCAUUUAACCUAUUUAUUAUACAAUCUUUCCAGAGUAUAAGGUGUUUCCAUUUUAUCAAAUAAUUAAUAAAGCAAAAUGUAUAGAUAAUAACUUAAACGUACUUA